CUUCAUAUAGGUUCCUUUGGUUAUAUUCUCCGUUUCUCUCUUCUCCUCUUAUUUUGCCGUUUGUGAAAGAACAUGACAACGUAUGGCACUAUACCAUCCCAAGCAAAUGCCGCCUCGAACCAGAGCAUGUUGGGACGAGCAAAAGGGUUGAUCUCGUUAGGCCUUAGCUCUCGGAGACCAUGGCUUGAACUUGUCCAAUGGAGUUCCCUUAGCCUUCCUACCUCAUUCAGUGUUGCCACAGAACGAAUCAAAACCAACAUCAUGAUCUUCCGAACCAACUAUCUCGUCAUCUUCGUUGUUGCUAUCUUCAUCAGCAUGCUUUGGCAACCUGUCCACCUCGCGGUCUUCGUUGUCUUGAUCAUCGCAUGGCUAUAUGUCUACUCUCGGGAUAACGAACCACUGGUGAUAUUUGGCAGUGUGAUCGAUGAUUCUGCUUUGGUGCUGACUUUGUUGGUCCUCACGCUCUGUAUUAUUCUAUUGACUAACGUAACCGGUGGUAUUCUGCUCGGGGUUUUGGCUGGUUUGCCCGUUGUUCUAGUUCAUGGCAUGUGUAGGAAUACAGAGUCCUUGUUCGUCUUGGAAGAUGAUGAUGAAGAGAAAGGAGUCACAAUGAGCGUAGCAUCCUCCUCGCAUUUUUCUUCCUCUUUAACAAAAUGAAACAUUAUGUUUAUGUAAUGAUACAAGUUUCAGACCUUAGUGACACCAUAUUUAGCUAGUCUUUAGGUACUACCAUAUUUUCUAAGAUUUUGCUUGUGGGCGUAAUAAAUAUUCUCUUCUUCUCUGAAUGCAAAUAGUAUGAUAGAUAAAACUUUGGAGAUCUUUGCAAUUCCAGUAUAGAAUACUUGUUUUAAUAAUCCAGAUAAAAGUAAUUUCAUGUAUUAUAUGUAUAUAGUCAAUUGUAUACAUCAAUCUUUUACUCUUUUUCUUUGAAAUUGCACACUUACUGGUACCAUUAAAAUCACUGCACUGGUUUGUUCAAAAAAAAUAAAAUAAAAUCACUGCACUGGCAGUACCAUUAAAAGGUACUAUUUAUCCAUGAACCCAAUAAGAAAAUAAAACAUACUAUAUAAUUAUUAAAGUUGAUAUCAUUAUCCUUCAAUAUUGUAGUAAUUGUAAUAGUCCUACUGGGUUAUAGCUUUCCCUUAUAUUUUUUCGUAAUAUUUUCUUUAAUAAAAGAGAUGUUUUCAGAAUUUUCCUUGUGUUUCUGCUAUAUUUUCAUAGUUCUUAGGAGUUGCUCGUCUAGUGGCAAAUAUCAAUGGAAGACAUUAGUAACGCAGUUGCCAUUGGAUAACUUGUUUAAAAUCAUCCUCGUCGUCUUCUCCUAACUAACCAAGGCAUGUUUCUUCUCCACCAAAACAGCUUGAACGAUCGUAUUGA